GUGUUGUUAUAAAUAAAAAAAUUUAUAUAAUCAUAUAGUUUAUAAACAAUUGUUAAAAUAGUAUUAUUAUAAAAACAAAUAAUCUAUAUAGUAAUAAUACUAUAUUACUAUUAUACUAUUAAUGUUAUAACAAUAUGAGUGAAGAUAAUAACAACAACAAUAAUAUCGAUAAUAUUGAUAUUGAUAAUAAUAAUAAUAAUAAUGAAAAUAGCAAUAAUAAUAAUAAUGUUAAAGAAGAAGAAAACAAUUUAGCCUCAAAAGAAAACAAUAAUAAUAAUGAUGAAUUGGUUGAUGAAAUGGUUUCAAUUCAAAUUAAUGAAGAAAUAAGAGUAGAAGAAAAAGAAGAAAAAGAAGUAAAAGAAGUAAAAGAGGAAAAAGUAGUAGAAGAGGGAGAAGAAAUAAAAAUUGAAGAUAAUGAAGAUAAUAAAAAAGAUGAUAAAACUGAACUAAGGCAAUCAAUGUGGAUAGGAUCACAACCAAAAAAGGAUGCGGCAAGAAUUUCACCAUUAAAUUUAAGAGGUAGCAAUAAUAGUAGCGAAAAUUUAUCAACAUCAGGAAAUGAGAUUAAUAAUACUGCUUUAAAUAAAUCAUCGUCAAGUGAAAAUAUAUCAUGUAAUAAUAGUUCAUUACCAACAACACCAACUCCCUCUUCUGCUCAAUCUGCAGCAUCAGGUUUUUCAUCAUGGUGGAACGGUUUAAUUGGUAAAAAAACAGCAACUGCACCAUCAACAACAUCAACAUCAACAACAUCAACAACAUCAACAACUAUAGUAUCAAAUAAUGACGAAGUUGAAGAUCAAAUUUUUACACAUUCAUCAAUUGAUUCAGCAACAACUAUAGUUAGAGAAGGUUAUUUAAAUAAACAAGGUCACUUACGGAAGAAUUGGUUAUGUAGAUAUUUUAUAUUGACAGAGACAUCUUUAGAGUAUUAUAAAGAUAAAGGAUCACAAUUUUUAAAUAGAAUUCCAUUAUCGGAAUGCACCAUUCAAAUGGCUGAAAUCGAAAUAAAAAAAUCAUUGUGUUUCAAAAUAACUCAUUUACCAACAAAAAGACCAUUUUACUUAUUCUCAAAUGAAAGAACCAAUACCACAGAGUAUGAAAGAGACUCUUAUGAAUGGAUAGGAUCAGUUCAAGAAGUGAUAGAUAAACAACAGAAUUUACUCAAAGCUAGCACCGUAGAUAGUCUGGAUUCAUCGGCCUCAAUUGUAACAGAAACUCACAAGAAUUAUGAAUUGGUACAUUGUAUGUCUCAUGCACUCUUAUUUUCAUUGGGUAAAAUUUCAGCAGCACCAAUGUCUGAUUUAUGUAUGGAAGAUUUUCAAGCAUCAGAAACUUUUAAUGUCAAUAAAGAAGUAUCGCUGCCAUGCACACCAUUAUCUACAUCACCAUCUGUUAGUGGCUCAGCUAUACCAAAUAUGACUACAACCUCCACAAGCGCUUCAAUCAAGUCUCAAUUCUCAUAUAAAUUUACAGACUAUUCACCUAAAGUAUUUAGAAAAAUUAGAGAGCUUUGUAAAGUGAAUUCUGCAGACUAUAUGUUAUCAUUGGCCCAAAAUACUUUAACUGAAGAACCAACCCAAGGAAAAAGCAAUUCAUUAUUUUAUUUUACCUCUGAUAAAAAACUAUUAAUUAAAACAAUUACAACAACCGAAUUUGAACAUUUAAAGUCAUUAUUACCAAACUAUUAUUUCCAUUUAUUACAAAAUCCAGAUUCAUUAAUAGUCAAAUUCUAUGGUUUACAUUAUAUCUCACCAUCAAAAAUGAAAAAUACAUUUUUUGUAGUAAUGGACAAUAUUUUUGGUGAUCAUCAAAUGGAUGAAAUUUAUGACUUGAAAGGUAGCACUUUACAAAGAAAAGCUGAAGAAGGUAAAAGAGUUUUAAUGGAUUUAGAUUUUAGCUCAAGAAUUUUUAUUUCAGAAGACAUGAAAAAUAAAUUUUUUAAACAAAUUGAAAAUGAUUGUAAUUUUUUAGAAAAAAAUAGCUCAAUGGAUUACAGUUUAUUAUUAGGUAUACACUAUUUAAAAGGUAAAAAAAUUAAUGAUGAAGAUAUUGAUGAUCAACAACCAUUCUUUAAAAAAGAAAUGGGUGGUAUUUUAUCAAGAACUGCAAGUGGUGAUCUUUAUGAUAGAGUUUAUUAUUUAGGUAUUAUUGAUAUUCUUACAGUUUACAAUAUUAAAAAGCAAAUAGAACACACCUACAAAUCAGUUGCCUAUGAUACCAUCGAUUCAAUGUCUGCUGUUGAUCCAACAACAUAUAGUAAGAGGUUCAAGAAUUUCAUUCAAAAGAUAACUGGUUGGCACAAUAAAACACAACAAUAAUUUAAAUAUAUUUAUCAGUAUUUUUAAUUGUAAUAAAAAUGUAAUAAAUUUUAUUCAUAAAAAAAAAAAACAAUUUAAUUAAAGAUAAUAAUAAUAAUAAAUAAUAAUAAUUAAUACUAAAUAAAUAUAACUUUAAAAAAGUUUUUCUU